CGGUGGGGACUAAGUGACAGACAAAAACAAAAAGCAAAAACAUUGAAGACCAAGCGUAUUGCAGCAUGGUGGUGAGAUCCGAUCGUGAAGGUUAGAAGAUCGACGCCUUUGCCCACUAUGUACAGUGGACGACAGCGAACCGAUCGGAGCCACGCAUCAUCAACAGCAACAUGCCGGCGUUCGCCUUGGUGUUCAGCGAUUGGAAGAGGCAGUGCAAGCGUUCAAAUAGCGUUCAAAGGUUGCGAACCAGCGUGCACCAGCGUACACGUGUGCCCGUGAGUGAAAAAUUAUGUGAAACCAUCCUUACCGCCAACGUUUGCAACAAACGGCGCCGAAAGAAGCACCAAACGGUGGAGUGCGAUAAUGACGAUUGAUUAAGUUACGUGCGCUCGUUAUCAAAGUGACACGCGACAGACCGCGCAGCAGACGAAACCGGAACGGAACACUGCGGAAAGUGAGCGAGUGUGUGCGCGGCAUGAUCGAUCGACAUUGUCGAUGCGAAUCGGUUACGUAAAUCGCGAUCGUGGUGCUUUUGCUGGAUGUGAUCACGAAGACAAACACCUGAACCAUGUUAUUCCCCCACACGUCACACCGACUGACAGACACGGGCGUGCGGUUCGCGCGGUAGUGUGGCCGUACCGGGACGUGCCGGGUGCGUUUGAUCCUCCGUGUGGCGUGUGUGAUAUUUUCCUUUGGUGUGUUUCCCGCAAAGAACCCACCCCACCCUCAACCCCACGCCCUCAGAACGAGUGUGUUUUCGUUUGCGAGUAGCCGAAACUGCUCGUGGAAUUUUUUACUACUGCAAAAAGCCAUAACAGGGGGCCACCCACCCCGCGGAGGGGGGACGGGGAGAGAAGUUACAACGGUCCAAACCACACCAUCCGAACCCGGGUUUCGGUGGCACCACCGGUACAAAACACCACCGAUUAUUAUGGUCAAAGAAGUGAAUGCAAAUCGACCGUUACUGUGAACAAAAUGGCUAAUUGUGGGAUAAGCUUAACGUACGGUACGGCAUAGAAAUACAACCGAAACACCGGAAGAACACAGUCUCUGAGUGAACGAAAAACCCGGAAGCCGGCAAAACAGUGCUGAUGUAGCAGAAGUGUGAAUCCAAAUCAACCAAUCGAACCAAGAAGUGUUUCUCAAAAAACGAGCACAACGAGUCCGUAGGUGAAGUUUUCUUUGGAGAAACAUAAACCCAAACAGUGUAGAGCAUGAGUGUGGAGUCACGAAUUGUGUGGAGCUGUUAGAGAGUGAGAGUGUGUGUGUGUUUGGCAGUAAUAAUGCGCCGACGAUUACAUGCCAACAAUUGGGAAUAAAAGUCGCAAAACAUAAAAUAAACAUUAGGCGAGAAAAAGCGUGAGUGGUGAAGUUUGGGCGUUGAAGUAAACGCAACGCAGUAAGUUGUGCUGAAGACGCAAUGAGAACUCAGUUGGAAACGAACAACUAAUGUUGAUGUGAAAGGAUGAACAAACCAUUCCAAUACAUCUUAUAAGUGUGUGUGUGUGGAACGAAAGGAAAAACUAUCUUUCACAACACGCGUGUACGAGUGUCGAGUGUCGAGUGAGGAAGCGAAAGUGUUAGUGAGAAAGUGCGUGCGUGAAAAGUUCUAUUUUGGCUCGUGAACGAAAUUUUCCGCAUCAGGAGCACACAGCACGCGUGUGUGUCUGUUAUGUGUAUCCGUUUAGUGCGUGUGUGGUGAGUUUGAAAGUGUGAAAGUGUGAAUCCAUGCCAGUUCCAAGCGAAUCAAGGACAGCUAGUGACUGUGCAGUGCAAGUGAGCGUGAUAAAGUCCUUUUACCACCGGUACGUGUGCAAAAGUCUCACAGCUUUUACAGGUUGAUCAUUCCAACUCCCAGGUUGGGUUUAGUGGGGUUACACAGGCAGGAUGUCUUUUCCCUUUUUGAUGGUGGGACGCAACGCUGCCACCGAUGAUACUGACAGAGUGAGCUAGAAUACGGUCUAUCAGUCUCAUCGUCUGUGGAGCGCUAUCUCACCAUUGCUGGUGGUGAGCGGUGGUGGAACCGUUGGCAACAUUAGGAGCUUUGUGCUUUUAACCAUCGACACCAUCUUUGCCGUUCCGGGCCGGUGGACAAACGAAUAGCUUUUGGCCGCCCGGUCCUGACCGGUGAAGGUCAACUUUGGGAAAUCUUUAGAAGAAUUACUUCGAGAGAUCUGAAGGAUCUGAAGGAGGUAGAAUCUCGGUUCACAAUCGACGCGUAUCAUUUAGUAAUCUUCGAUGGCUGUCAGCGGGCCAGAGGGUGGACGGCUGAAGUGUGGCCUUUGCUGCGUCCUGAUACAUCCGCUAGAUCUGCUGGGAUUUGUUGGCCCCCCACCAGGCAUGGGAGCACUGACGGAUAUCUUGCUCGCCAUCUUCCGUUUCGGGUUCGUCGUCGUGAAAAUCGUGCUCAACGGACGUGUUCCGCGAAAUGUGACGCGAAGAAAAGCAACCUACGAUAAAUUAUAUCCUUGGGGGUGAUGUUGUCGGUGGUAGUGGCGACGAUGGUCGAUGGAUACCGCACAGAAAAAGGAGAAGAAGAAGCGGAAGAAGAAGAAGAAAACGAAGAAGAAGAAGAAGUUAUCAUUUUGAAACCAAAUCCACGAAGAAGAAAAAAGAAGAAAACGAAGAAAUUGCAAUGCAAGAAGAAACGAAAACUGUGAUCGAAAGUUGCGCGUAUUAUUUGCUCAGCGCAGCGCGGCAAAUAUGCGAAACAAAGAAGCGAAGAAACAGUAUUUUGAUUAGUGUGAACGGUUUCCAUAUGAUACUUCCACAAAAUAUUACCGAUAUUCGACACCAGGCCGAUCACUACCACUGAUGUCAGGUCCAUGCCAUGGAAGGGGAAAGCUAAGGCCGGGUUAAGCGACCGUUCGGAAAUUGGAGGGGGCUGCUCGUGCAGCAGUACGAAAAAGACGACGCUAAGGAAUUGCCGUGCGCAGAACAAAGACCACGCGCUCGCAGCGACACGAACCGUUGGUAGUGUGCGUGACGACGCUGGCAACAGGGCGGGGAACGAUUCCCCCACCUGCUGGAAAGCGGUCCAAUUUUCAGGGGUGGUUAUCUUCGACGUCGUCGCCGCCGCUGCCACCGCCACCAUCGUCGUCCUCGUCGCGGCCGUCGUCGUCGUCGUCGUCGUCGUCGUCGGCAUCGCCGUCGCCGUCGUGUUCGUGAACUGCAGGCUCCCUGCUUAUGAUGUCAUCGGAGGAAGACUCUGAUUCUUUCGGUUUGUACGUCGAUAAGUUGCUAAAGAACAACCCUACCAACACAGUGACGAUCAACAGCAGUAACGGCAGCAACAGCAACAGCAGCAGCAACGGGAGCAACAGCAACGGCAAGCGAAGCAGACAGCGCGUAGACGCGGGCGAGCCAAGAAACAGCUACUCCUCGAUACCCAGCUUCAGUUCGCGGCCGUCCUUCAUGAGCAGCGGUCUAUACGGGGCUAUUUUUAGCCAGGCGCAGCAGCAACAUUUCAGCGGACUUUUCGGUCCCGGCGGUUACGGACCGGCGGCCGCCAGCAAGAUGCUUAACGAACUGCUCGGCAGACAAGUGAAGCAGGCCCAGGACGCGACCGAUCCGGACACGAUUAGCAUGCUAUCGGCGAUCGAGGCUGCCGCGGCCAGUAUCAGCAGCAGUGUGGCCGGCAGCAUCAACAACGGCGUAAGCAGCGGCGACUGUGGACUUACUGUGGCAGACAGUGGUGUGAACGGUGCCAGUGGUGGUGGUGGUGGUGGUGGUGUUGGUGUUGCGGUGCCAAACUCCGCCAAGCUCGGGUUCGAAAGUGUGACGAAUCUGAACAACAACAAUACCAACACGAACAAUAACAAUACGAGCGCCAGUAAUCAUACCGGCGGCAACAACAAUCCGAACAGCAACCACAGCGGCACCGGUGACAGUGCGACGAAGUGUGCCAAGAACGGCAAGAGUAACAGUGCGACGGUGUCGGUGUCGGAUGUGACGAUGGGCUCGAACCGGCGCAGCAGCAGCUCGAGCAGUACGAGCAGCAACAGUAGUAGCAGCAGCAGCAGCACUAGCAGCAGCAGCAGCAACAGUAGCAACAGCAGCAGCAAUGCGCUAGCGAAUACCAACGGUGAGAACAAUGGUGGCGGCAACGGUGGCGGCGACAGUGGCAGUGCUACGAGUGCGCCCAAGUCGGGCAGUCGGAACGUGGCCACCACCGGCAACAACAACAACAACAACAACAGUGCAGUGGACGGUUCGUGCAGUAACGGCCUCGGUGGUGUUAUAGACCUUGACGGUGACUCUACAACACCACCAGCCACGAGCGAGCUGGCGCACCACAUGUUGCGCAACAUCUUGCAGGGCAAGAAGGACCUGAUGGCUCUCGAUCACGAGCUGCGCGCGACGAUCCAGGGCAACCAGAGCGGUGGCCGGAUAUCGCCGGACAACAACAAUGUGAUCGGUAGCAAGAACAACAACCACAACAGCAACCACGCGAUCUUCGACGUGAGCAAAAUCAGUGAGAACAGCCUCGGCGCGAUCGUGAACGGGUGCGACCUGGGCGACGCGGGUGAGGUGGUGACGGUGAAGGGUGCCAGUGGUACGGGUGCUUCGUCCGCUUCGAAGCACCGGGCGGCAAACGGCAAUAAUCAAAAUGCGAAAGCGACCCACGGCGCUAGUGAUAGUACGAAAUGUGAUGAUCUGCUGGGCACGUCCGCGGACGUUUGCCGUUUAGCGAAUGGUGGAAGUUCCGGCGGGGUGGAAACGAUCAAUCCCAAGCAGGAGAAGAGCGAUGUGAUCGACGAGCUGGUGGCGUCGCUGCCGGACGAGGUGGACGAAACCGUACCAUCGCCGGCGUCCUCCACCGGUGGCGCCAGUCCCGGCGGUCUCAUCACGAAGCAGGAGAUGAUGGACCUGGACGACUGCUGUCUCGAUGACAAGGAUCGGGACGAGCGGACGCCAACGCCGGGCAGUGGCAUUGUGGCGAGCCGGGCCGAACCGGAAGCGCUCAACAUGAAGCGUGCCCGGGUGGAAAACAUUGUGUCGUCGAUGCGCGCCAGCCCUGCGAUUCUGUCCCAGCCGCAGGUGAAUGGGUGCAAAAAGCGCAAGCUGUACCAUCCGCAGCAGCACGACAAUAGUGCGGCCGAGCGAUACGCGGCUGCGGCAGCGGCCGGUCUCAAUCUCGGGCUGACGCUGCAGAACUUCAUGCUGAGCAGCAGUGCGGCGGCCGCGGCAGCGGCAGCAGCCGCCAACAGUACCUCCACGCCCGUUACCGAUCCGACCACGACCGACGAUGAUGACGAUCUGGUGGAGACGGUAACGACGCCCCACAUCCAUCAGAAGCGGGUGGAAAAGGACGUACUUAAGUCGCAGCUCCGCUCGAUGCAGGAGCAGCUGGCCGAGAUGCAGCAGAAGUAUGUGCAAUUGUGCUCGCGCAUGGAGCAACAGUCGGAUACCACGCAGGAGGUGGUAGACGACAGCUCCUCCAGCGACAUCAUGGAGGAUGACGUGAGUGCGCCGGACCUAUCGCCGGAAAAGCCGCACCUGUCGGCGUCGACCUCGGUCAAGGAUGUGGCCGGAGCGAAGGGUCAGUCGAAUACGGCAGCCGCGGCUGCCGCAGCGGCAGCGGCCGCCGAUGCUUCCAGCAUGCUGCAGAUGAUGAGCAAGAUGAUGUCGGCCAAGCUGCACAACGCUCUGCCCUCGACGCACCCCCUGCAGACGGGCGGCUUCAAUGGGACGCAUCCGUUUCUGCAGCACAUGCAACAGGCGGCAGCGGCCGCGGCAGCGAUGCCGCACGACGCGAUCGGUCAGCAGCAAACGCCGCAGCACAGUCAGCAGAUGAGCAAUGCGGCCGCCAUGUACCAGAAGCUGUUCCUCGAGCAGGAAGCGCGGCUAGUGAAGGCGGAACAGGUGGAACGGAAUCUGCAGGCUUCCAACCAGCAGUUGCUCCAGCACCAGCAGCAGCAGCAGCAGCAACAGCAGCAAUCGCUUCAACAGCAGCAGAUUAUGCCGCCAUCGCAGCAGCAGCAGCAGCAGCAACAGCAACACGCGGCACUUUUGCCGGACCGGAAUUCCGGCAGCGGCGUAUCGCAGGUAAUACAAUCGCAGGUAACUAUGCCGCACCAGCAGCAACCUCAAGCACAAAAUCAAACUUCCCAGGCACUGCUACAAUCGCCUGUUCAACAUCCACAGACCCAGCACCAGCAGCAUUCGCCGCCCCAUCCACAGCCCGCACAGCAACCCUGUGGAUUGGUGCAGUCCAUGCCGCCGAAUGCACCGCUUCCGCCGCACUCUGUCGCUCAGCAGCAGCAGCAGCAGCAACAUCCACCAGUGCAAUCGCAACAACUGUCGCCAACACACGUCCCCAUGCAAACAGUGCCGCAGACGGCCAACCAUGUGGCAUCGAGCGCGAUGGGUGGCCACAUCCCUGCCAUGCCGAAGGGAUCAUCCAUACCGUCCGAUCUGACGAACCGGCUGAACAUGAUGCGGUCGAGCGCCGCCUCGGUCGGUCCCAUGUCCGGCACCGAUCUCGAAGGGCUGGCGGACGUGCUGAAGACGGAGAUCACGGCCUCGCUGUCGAAUCUGGUCGAUUCGAUCGUGACGCGGUUCGUGCAUCAGCGACGGUUUCUGGGCAAGCAGUCGGAGGCGGCGGCCGCAGCGGCCGAGCAGCUAAACAAGGAUCUGCUGAUGGCCUCGCAGCUGCUGGACCGCAAGUCACCGCGCACCAAGAUCAGCCAGCCGGACCGCAGCGGCAGCAUCGGUAACGCCAGUCAAUCAGGUAACGCACCUAUGCUAAGUACACCUAAUCUUAACAACGCACCCCUGCCGAUGGGCCCGAGCGUGGUGGGUCCGGUACCGGUGGUGGGUAUGUCCGCGCCCACCGGCAACGGCAACUGCGGCCAGCAGCAGCAGCAGUGUGCCGGACCACGGCUGAACGGGAGUUCCUUUCCCGCGAUGCCGCCACUGCCCGCCAUGCACGUACCGGCGGCGGGAUCGACGCACGACCCGAAGGGUGGCCAGCAACAGCAGCAACAGCUCGCCGCUGCCGCGGCCAGUAUGAACACGAUCGGUAUGCCUCCUCAUGUACGUCCUUCUCCUUCUACAGCUAUGUUCCAAACAUCGAAAACGCCACAGAACAUCAAUCCGGUCGCGGCGGCCGCGCUCUACAACUCGAUGAACCAGGCCCUCGGGACGGCCAGCCAGGUGAACCCGUUCUGUCUGCCACCGCCGGAACCCCGCGAGCACAAUCCCGAGCAGAACGAGGCGCUCAGCCUUGUGGUGACGCCGAAAAAGAAGCGACAUAAGGUGACCGACACGCGCAUUACACCACGAACAGUGAGUAGAAUUCUUGCUCAGGAUGGCAUUAUUCCGUCCUCGAAUCAGGUGCAAGUUGAUUCACAACAACAAUCUCAACAACAGCAGCAGCAGCAGCAGCAGCCGUCAUCGCAGCAGCAAUCGCAGUCGCAGCAGCAGCUUCCGCUGGGUGGAGCAAAUAGCUGUCACGGGAGCGGUCUGGGGAGCAACAACAACAGCAGCAACAACAACAACAACAACAACAGCUGCAGCAAAAACAAUAACAACCUGAGCGGGCAACAGCAGCAGCAACAGCAGCAGCAGCAGUCCCAAUCGCAGGUUGCCUCGCAGCAAUCGAUCCCGGCCCAGCAGCAGCAAACGCAGCCUUCCCCGUUCAGCAGCCAGUCGGGCGGUCCGACCGGACAACCGACCGGUCCGACAACACCCACGGACUGCAAGUCGCCGAGGUCGUCCUUCCACGGGGCCGCCUCGUCGAUGCUGCCCGUCUCACUGCCUACCUCGGUUGCGAUUCCGAACCCAUCGCUGCACGAGUCGCAAGUCUUUUCGCCCUACAGCCCCUUCUUCAAUCCGCACGGUCCGCACGGUGGGCCGCACGGUCCACAGCCGUCGCAGUUCCACCACAUGAAGGUGUCGUCGAGCCCGCCCGGCAUCAACGGCAUGCUGGACCCGCGCGAUUCCCCGCCACUACCCCACCCGCCGACGAUGCUGCAUCCGGCCCUGCUGGCGGCCCAUCACGGCAACUCACCGGACUACGGACAUAUCAGAGCGUCGAUGGAUGUCAACGAUCGCAACUCCGACUGCACCUCCGCCGAUAUGUCCUUCAACGGAAUGGAACCUACUAUAUCCUUUUCAAAGCUACAACUUUUUGAUCCUUUUGUUGCAGCUAACCAAUCCUUAACUCCGGUGAACUCGUCAACCCUGACGCCGAUGCACCUGCGCAAGGCGAAGCUGAUGUUCUUCUGGGUACGGUACCCAAGUUCAGCCGUGCUGAAGAUGUACUUCCCGGACAUCAAGUUCAACAAGAAUAACACCGCCCAACUGGUCAAGUGGUUCUCCAAUUUCAGGGAAUUCUACUACAUUCAAAUGGAGAAGUACGCCAGACAGGCGGUCAGCGAGGGCAUGAAGAAUGCGGACGACAUCCAUGUAAGCAAUGACAGCGAGAUUUACCGCGUCCUCAACCUACACUACAAUCGGAACAAUCACAUUGAGGUGCCCCAAAAUUUCCGAUACGUUGUUGAGCAGACGCUGCGUGAAUUCUUCCGCGCGAUUCAGGGCGGCAAAGACACCGAGCAGUCGUGGAAAAAAUCAAUUUACAAAAUCAUCUCCCGAAUGGAUGAUCCUGUGCCGGAGUAUUUCAAAUCUCCGAACUUCCUCGAGCAGCUGGAGUAAGUUUUAUAAGCAAAGCACGUUACUAAUUACGCAACGCCGUGGCUCCCUGCAGAGAAAACAUGGGAGAGAGAGAGACAGAGAGCAAAAUGUAGCCGAAAGCAAACAGCAAGGAGCGAAAACAAGCUAGAGCUAGAGCGUGUCAACCAACAAACGAAGCUAAAGUGAACUAACAAAACAAAACAAACAAACAAAAAGGAAAAAAAAGUUAAUACCAAAAAAGCAGACAGCCCGCCAGCAAGAAAUGGCUCGUUACUGAAUUAAGGACACCGAAUCAAUAAUAGGAAAAUGGGACAAAAAACAAAGAAACAAAAAGAGUAAGUAAUAUAUGAGAUGCACCAAUUGUGUGCAGACGGAAACGAAAACAAAACACAGAGAGUAAUUUUAUUAUUAAAAUUAAAAUAAAUUAUACAAAAUUGUUAUCUUAAAACAAAUUUAUGAAAUAUGAGUACGAGGGAGGGAGAGAGAAAGAGAAACAACGGGAGGAGAGAUAAGUCAGGCGUAAGCAUACAAAAUACGAGUGAGCAAGAGGAAAAAGCAACAAAACAAAAACGGAACAGAGACUAUAUUAUUUAACAAAAGAAAAGAAAAGAAACCGAGAAAAAACAAACAAAAAACAAACAAACCCUAAGCAAAACACGAAGCGCGAAGGCUGAAAAAAGAAACGGGAAAAUUUUCAAUGCGUUACAAACUACCAAACAAACAAACAAACAAAAAUGGCAACAACCAAAAGAAACAAAUAA